CAUGUAAAAAACAACCUUAGGUUAAUGGCAUUCAGCUUUUACAUUUGCUAAAGGAUCAGAGUUUUAGAUAAUAUCGGGGUGGGUUUUUUUUCAAGGUUGAAGUGAGAAGUGAGGAUUACAUUGUUAUUGAAAAUAACAAUGUGAACUUUCCACUUCAUUUAUCCACCCCCAGGGAAAGUAAAGAUGUUGAUUUUAUAUCAAUGAUGUUUUGAAUUCAGUUUUGAUGUUGACCUAAAGAAGGUUGGUUUUUCCUAAAUCAAAAUACAUGUUAUUUAUAUCACAGUUGAACUGUUCCGUUUGUUUACCGAUAUAUUACGUUAGUAUAGGUAAGCCCUGAACGAGUGAAAGUCUGUAGAUUGACAAAACACUACUCAUCUGGAUGUCUUUGUAAAAAUAAACAUUCCACACUGGAAGCGUACUGAUUGCAUACGGUUUUUUUUUUUUUUUUUUUUUUUUUUUUUUUUUAAAAUUCGAAUACAUAAUUUAUUUUCAAAUUUUAUUUCAAUACGAUUAAACAAUAGGCCAAAAUGCUAUCGGUAAAGUAUAUGCAUUAGACCUAUGCUAUUGUGUGUUGUUUUGAAUUGGGACUGGUCGCGGUUGCUCACAUGUAGUGGUUAAAACGUUUGUAUCGUGACUGGGAGGUCGUGUAUUCGAUCCUCGUACUUUGGUCGCCUUCAGCCUAAGACAUAAAAUUAUGACUGUUCCUGCGCCAAACGUUCGGCAUUUAGAAGUGAGAAUCGCGGGUCGUUCUGACAAUACUUCCAUAACUAAGAACGCGUUGGUACGAUGAAAAACUACAUUGUUAUGUUGCUGAGCAUCUUGCAUUGAUCUGUGGCGCUUCACCCACUGCUGGUGAAGUGAAAGAUGCCCGAAGGGAUGUAAAAAAGAAAUAAAAUAAUAAAUGCUCCAUUCGAGAACAUAAAUGCUGAUAGGAUUUUGAAGGUAUUCCUUAAUCAUUAUGGAUUGCGUGUUGCAUGAAUUUUCACAUUUGUAUUUAUAGAUGUAUAUACAUGUAUCAUGUUACUUUAUCUUUAGAGAAUUAUUGCGAAGUCAUUAUAUAAAUACUUUAAGAAAGUUAGAGCUCUCUUCUGCUUCUGAAAAUAACCAUGACGGAUGCUGCAAGUCUGUAGAAAAUGGUUCAAUAGUUAUUGCAUUGUUCCAAAAAACCUAUCCAGUUAAAAUUCUAUUAUGUCAAUUCAAAUGCUGAAAGGGUGUGGAAAGGACUACAUUUUGUGGCGGAAGGAUUGUUUCAUCAAAGAGCAAUAAAUCUGCACGAUAUUGCCGUUUCUAUUUCUUUUUGUCAAUAUUCAUAAUCAUAGAUUCGUGAUAUAUGAUACAAGUAGCAGAGACUUGGAACGUAUUCAGAUGUUGCAGAUUCAUUAAUUUGGUUGAUAUUUUCUGUCCAAACUAUUUUCUGUCCAAACAGAACACCGACUCUUAACAACAUCUAGAUCCACAUUGAUUUACCCGAAAUUUAGCAUGAAAAAGUUGUUUAUAAUGGUGAAGAAGUAUGUAUUGAGUCAAAGUAAUUAUUGAUUUGUGUUGCUUAUGUUGUGUUCAUAUCAUCAGACAAAACUAAUUGCUGUGGAUAAAUCAAAGUAGUUAACUGCAAAGCGUAAAAUUUUAGCACACUAGCACUAUGAUCCCUGCUUUUCUUUAUCUUUGUAUAAUUUCCCUUCAAUAUAGAAAUUAACUCUUUCAAAGGAAUUUGCACUGUUACAAAACACAGGUUCAAACCUCUUUAAUCCUUUAAAUUAUAUGGUUUUGUUUAUAAUAAACAAUAAAAUAAUAGAAUUUAGAAUAUAUAUUUAUGACUUUAAUAAGUGAUUAUUGAUCUGAAAAUCGGGGGAGGGGCUAAACUACUUUUCGAACUUUUACAUGAUAGAUUUGCUUUCUAUGGGUCUAACAUAAAUAUGGGAAAUAAUUCAAUAUAUGAAACAAAAAUUUGUAAAGUAUCGCUAUAAAUGUAUUGACUUCUUUAUAAUCAAAAGCGUAUAAUUUUCCUGAUAAUUUAAACAUCAACUUCAAACCCACCAGCUAAUUUUCUGUAUUUAUCUAACAAUUUAUUUCGGCUGUUACAUAGUCAUGAUAUAUUCCAGGAUAAACAAUAGGAUUUUCAAGCAUAUGAUAUCUGCAUAAAUGGACCAUUAGGCCUUUACAUGGGACAUGUGUUACCGUGUCAAGUGUCAGGCGAUACAAGCAUGAAAUAACAACAUUGGUACCUUGAUAUGGAUUAAUGCUUCGUUUCAUUUUGAAAACAUUCAUUUCUAAAACGAUUUCAAAUUUCACAAAACGUGUAAGAAAUUCCAUUUAGAAUGGGCCAAGAAAUAGCACCUUGAUGCAGAACUAUAUUUUCUUAGCGUUAGAUUCAUAGGUAAUCUAAUCGUGACUUACCAUAGGAUGAUACUCAGUGCAACAAACGUAAGAAGUUUACGUCAGUCAUGCGAUUAUUACGUCAUACAGGGAUUGUAAGAUAUUCGUACAGAAAAACGCAAAUGAUAGGAAAUAUAUCAGCUGUUCGUUCUGUAAUUUUCUUCCUUUUAGUCGAGACUUCUGCAAUAAACCAGAAAUCGACGAAAAGAAAUGAAGACGCAUCUGACAUGUCUAAGCUCUCAGGAGACGGUAAGAAAAAACAGAAGUUUAGUUGGCUUCAUCCGAUUCCACGGGACGACCCUCGAGUUAAAGAUGUGCUUAUGAAUCCUUUGAGGGAGAAGUUGAAACUUAUUGGGCCAUUCCUCGCAGCACAUAAAUACUUCUCAGUUGAUCCACGACAGAUAAGGGGGCGUGUCCAAAGAAAAGGUGGAUUUCAUAGACAUUUUCCAAAUCCAAGAAUUGUACAAAUGGAUCCUAGCGUUUCUCUGGCAUGUGAGGACGGGGAAAUAUCUUGUAUAAAUGAAAUCUACAAGACAGCCCGUCAAUCAAACUCUGUUUGGCGACUCCAUGAAACCGACAAGUAUUCCAAACAUUCACAGUUCUCGCCAUUUAAAUCCGAACUGGAUUUGUUUCGAUAUCGAGCCACAGCUGCGUAUUACAUGUGCUGGUUUACAGAACUCAAAAGUUCCGUCUUGAAAUUUGUUGACAACGAGGCCAAAGGAUGUUUAGACUCCUUGUCUAAAACCAUCGAAUCGCAAGGUAGAACAGUAAUUGAUUUCAGAUCCAGUUAUGGAGGGAAUCAGUCGGACUUUGUAUCACUGUGGACAUGUGCGUUUUUAUGGUUUUGUCCGGAUCCGUGUUACGGGAAAAGUUCAAAAGGAAACGUGACAGACCGGAUGUCCGCCAAGAAGGACCCACUGAAUCCUUGCAAAACACUCAAAGACAAAAGUUGUACGUGGAACUUUGGUGAAAACAUUGAUUUCGAAGAUCUCACACGAAACAGGUUUAACUAUACCUGUAACUGUGCUUCCGAGAAGCCCGGAUAUGUGUGGAGUCCUCGCUUUUCUCUUUGUAUUGACCAGGACGAAUGCUACGACCAGGUAGCGCAGUGUCCAGACGACAAAAUUUGCCGGAAUACUAUUGGUUCAUACGACUGCAGUUGCAGACGAGGAUACCGUUUAGACAAAACAGAAGGAACCUGCGUUCGAAGUCCAAUUUUUAAGGGAUCGCUUGACAAAAUUCGUCUUCGGGGAGAGUUGAAGAAUACAAAUGUACCUUUUUGGGUGAAAUUUUUAGAAAAAUUCAUUGGAUCUUAGUCUAUAUCGCCAAGGAAAUAUCAUGCAAAUUGACUGUGUGUUUUAACGCUCACAAUUUGCAAAAUAUUUUAGGUAAAAAGAUAUUUCCAUUUUCAAAGUUUUUGCCUUCGAUAUUUUUACCAAUUGAAAUGAUAGCCAUUUCCUCAUGAAUGUCAUAAGUUUGUAUGAAUCUUGAUAAAUAUAAAUCGACUAUUAAAACGGCUAGGAAUUAUCCGGCAGAAAUGAAAAUAGAAUGUAAAUAUAAGAAAUAAGUUUUAUCUUUAAAAGUACAUGAGAGUAUGAACAGUAACGCUAUACGCCGGUAUACUAUGGCACGCUUCAUGAAGCAUACAGUCGAAAAGCGUCGCAAUUCAUACCCUUGUGUAUAUUUCAAAAAUGAAAUUUAUUUCUUAUUUAUCCC